AGCCGGCGCCCCCGCAGGUGCCGGGGCAGGCGGGCCGGGGGCCGCGGCGAGGGGGAGAAGUUGCUGGCCGCGGAGUUGUGGCGCUGCGGGGCCGCGGCCGGAGCUGCAACAGGCGCUGCCGCCCGCCCCGCUCCGCUCCGCUCCGCUCCCCCGCUCGCACUCGCUGGCCUGAGUCACCGCCCGGCACCGGGCGCGCUCGCACUCACUCACUCACUCACUCUCACACACACACACACACACUCACACACAGACACACAGAGGCUCUCCCUCGUACACGCGCGCACCGAUCCUUGGCAUUUUUCACAUUUUUUGUUGUUUUGUUGUUUUGUUUUUGUUCCCCCCCGCGGGGAAGCGAGCCAGCCGGGAGCAGCCCCGGGCCGGGCGCAGCGGCUCGCAGCGCUCCGCAGCCAUCCCCGGGCGGCCCGGCCUGGCUGGCCGCGCUGCCCCCGGCUUUGCCUCCCUCCCCUCGCUUGUUUUUCCUCUAAAAGAUGAAAGAAGGAAUGUCCUUUCUCGCUGCUGCUUCUCCUUCUCCAGAGCUGCUGCCGCCGCCGCCGCUGGUUAAUUGCACAUUCAAGUGGAAAAUUUUCGGGAGUCAGCAGAAACAUUGUAUCCAAAAAAGACAAAGUCGCAGUUACAGCAACACCGAGGAGAUUGUCCCUGGAAAACUUCCUUUCGGUUUAUCCCCUUGAAGACUCCAGGCUUAGGCUUGGAGACCCCAAGCCAUCACCAUUGAGCCCAGCAGCUGGAGCGGCAGCGAGAGUCCUGCCGAAGACAUUGAAAGAAUGAGUGAUUCUGCAGAUAAACCCAUUGACAAUGAUGCAGAAGGUGUCUGGAGUCCUGACAUUGAACAGAGCUUUCAGGAGGCUCUAGCUAUCUAUCCACCAUGUGGGAGGAGGAAAAUCAUCUUAUCAGAUGAAGGCAAAAUGUAUGGUAGGAAUGAAUUGAUAGCCAGAUACAUCAAACUUAGAACAGGGAAGACACGGACCAGGAAGCAGGUGUCUAGUCACAUACAGGUCUUAGCAAGAAAGAAAGUUCGAGAAAUUCAAGCCGCCAUUAAGGUGUCUAGUCACAUUCAGGUUCUUGCCAGAAGGAAAUCUCGUGAUUUUCAUUCCAAGCUGAAGGAUCAGACAGCAAAGGACAAAGCACUCCAGCACAUGGCAGCAAUGUCAUCAGCUCAGAUAGUCUCAGCUACUGCUAUUCACAACAAGCUGGGCCUGCCAGGAAUUCCCCGUCCUACAUUUCCUGGGGCACCUGGGUUUUGGCCAGGCAUGAUUCAAACGGGGCAGCCUGGAUCCUCGCAAGACGUCAAGCCAUUUGUUCAGCAGGCCUAUCCUAUACAGCCAUCAGUCACAGCUCCCAUUUCAGGCUUUGAGCCCACAUCAGCUCCAGCUCCCUCCGUCCCUGCGUGGCAGGGCCGAUCGAUUGGUACGACCAAGCUCAGGCUGGUGGAGUUUUCAGCUUUCCUUGAGCAGCAGAGGGAUCCUGAAUCAUACAACAAACACCUCUUCGUGCACAUUGGACACGCCAACCAUUCUUACAGCGACCCCUUGCUCGAGUCGGUGGACAUUCGUCAGAUUUACGACAAAUUUCCCGAAAAGAAGGGCGGGCUGAAGGAGCUCUUUGGGAAGGGGCCUCAGAAUGCUUUCUUCCUCGUCAAAUUCUGGGCUGACUUAAACUGCAACAUCCAAGAUGAUACAGGAGCAUUUUAUGGAGUCACCAGUCAGUAUGAGAGCUCGGAAAACAUGACAAUCACCUGUUCCACCAAAGUCUGCUCGUUUGGAAAGCAAGUAGUAGAAAAAGUAGAGACUGAAUAUGCAAGGUUUGAGAAUGGCCGGUUUGUGUACAGGAUAAACCGCUCUCCGAUGUGUGAAUACAUGAUCAACUUCAUACACAAGCUGAAGCAUUUACCAGAGAAAUACAUGAUGAACAGCGUCUUGGAAAACUUCACAAUUUUAUUGGUGGUAACAAACAGGGAUACACAAGAAACCCUGCUCUGCAUGGCUUGUGUGUUCGAAGUGUCCAACAGCGAACAUGGAGCACAGCACCACAUCUACAGGCUUGUAAAGGACUGAGCAGUUAUUUAUAUAUACACUUCAUUUCACUUCUUUAUCAAAACACAGACUGUAAACCUCAACACUAAGUGGCAGUGCCUCUGGCCCAACUUUCACCCACAUUUUUCUAAAUCCUGUUUUAGUGAAGUCAUUUUUAAUGUGUUCAUAUAUAAUUGUAGCUGUGAAAUUCUGGUACAGUUGUAAAAAUUAUUUCUAAAACUUAAGUGUUCUUCAAAUUUGUAAACCACAGUUCUUUGGGAAGACUGUAUUUAAGAACCUAAUGCCUCUGUCUGUGGAGGCCUAUUUUUAAUUCUGAUAGAAAAAUGUAUGACAGAGCAUUUGCCAUGGGGAAAAACUGACAGCAUUUAUAAGAAUUUAUUUUGGGUUUUUUUUCCAACAUGAAAUACUUGUUUUACAAUGCAAGUGAAAUUGAAACGAAUCUUUAGCUAUAACUGUAAAUGAGUACACAAAGUUAGUAAUCUUUAUAGAAUUAUCUUUGUAACUAAUUAGGGUGGAAGAUAUGGACGAAUGUAAUUCACUAAAUUAUUUUUUAAAAUGAAACAUUUUUCUGUUUGAAACCAAAUGAAAAAUAUAGCCUUAAGAAAUGCCUGAUAGAAACAGACAGGUCCUAAAAUUAGGCAAAUUUUGUAUUUUUUUCUCAACGUUAAAACUAAUCUUCUAAUCCAUUAAACUUUCAAACAGGUAUUGCAGAGAAAGAAAACAUCACCCCUUUACCCCUAACAUAUCUAGUGUAUUUUAAAAGAGUAUAAAGUUGUAUUGUACUAAUAUGAAAAUUUGAUUAUUUAAUGAAAAAGAUGGCUCAUUUUGCAAUAAGUAGGUAAAUACUGAAGAUUUAGACUUGCAUUAUAUGUAGUCUUGUGUGCAAGGUUAUAUUUUAUACGGACAACUAUGUUUUCUAAUAAGUUGAGCAAAAAACUUGCAACUCUGAAGUCAAGAGGUGAACGGAAACAACUGACAUUGCGACAGCAUCGUUUGCAAACAGAGAGCAGAACACUGAUGUGUUUGAAAGAAGAGUGUGUACACCUCUGAAAGGAUCAGCAGCUUUAAUAUCUGUGAGACGCUAGAAAAUCACAACCAACAUCAGGCAAAGAAGAUUGGAAAGUGGAGAAUUCUAUUUUUCUUCUCCUUUUCCUCUCAAUCACGGUGCUCUUACACCUCUCCCAGUUGUCUCUUCAGGUCUGACAAAGACCUUAUCUGAAACAAACACACGCCUGCCACGUGGGGUUUGCUGUCCUCUUGGAAAGUGUUCAUCCCAGUGGUAGUGUUCAUCCUUCCGAUAAAUUCAGGGAAGACUCCAGGAAGUGAAGCACAGCUGGAGAUGUUUGGAUACUGUCAGGCUUCGCACCACGGCCGCGGGUGUGAGCGGCUGUCGGGGUCUGCGCCCGUGAGAGCAGCGGUGUCACCCCUCCCGCUCAGGACAGAGGUGCUGCUCAGCUCCUCUCCCCCUGCUGCCCCUCGUUGCCCAAGCAGAAGUUGUUUGGGAAGGUGCUGGGCCAGCAGAGGCUUCUCGGGCAAAACGUUUGUCUGAAAGGCUGAGGGCUGCCUGACCAAGCACAUGCCACCUUAGGGAUCAGCGAUGAGUUAUCAGCAAAGAGGGUUCUUAGGAGAGUCUCAAAGGUCAGGUUUAGCAGGCCCCUCCUCCCUACUCCUUACGAUUCAUUCCUGUGACCAGCACAGUUCCCAUGCACAAUGCAAGCAUCAAAUUUACUCCCGGGCCCACUGCCGUAGUCUUCAAACAAGCAACUCUAAUCCUUUUCUUUAAAUUAUAUUCCUGCACAGUCCUUUGGAAAUGUCUGGACUAAACUAGAGCCUAGGCGAGGUAGUGGGUCAGACCAGGACCAUCCCUAACGCUGGUGAGGUUUUGGGUUUGAGGAGGAUGCAAACAUCACCAAGGGGAAGGAAGACUGCUUUAAUUCUUCAGCCUGAUCCGACUGCAUGAGGUGGAUGGUUUGGAUGGUUGCUGUGAUGUCUAGCUGUUACCUGCUUGUGGAUAUUAGGGCUGAUGAUCUUUCAGUUGAUACUCUGCGAAGUGAACAGAGAAACGUGUCCAUGGCAAGGUCUCUUUUAGCGCUCAUUUUUAACACUAACAAUCACAUCAGGAAAAGCACUGCAUUGUAACAGCCUAACGGUAGCCCUUUAUUCUAAGCACUUGGUGUUACAAGUCAAAAACUACUUUUUGGUUUUUGUUCUAAAGUUGUCUUUUAUUUAGGGUUUGAAUUGUGGGUUUGGUGAUUUUUUUUUUUUUAAUAACAAGCAAAUUCUUUAAGGCAUAUAAAAUAUGUAAGUCAAUUUGCAAAACCACGUACAGUUUUUGGUUGGUUUUUUUUUUUUUUUUGGUAGGAUCUGGCACACUACAUAUGCCAUAACUGUAGGGUAUAAACAGUCACAAUGUUUAUUGGUGUUCACAUAUGUAAUGUUAGGGAAACUACUUCCAUCGUCUUUUCUUUACAAUUCUGUAAAUGAUCCAUACCCUGUAUAUGUUAAUUCUAAAAAGCCUUAAUCCUUCAACUGUUGAGUGUGGGGUGUGUAGUCCAACAGGCUGCCUGUAAACUGUGAGCUCUUUUGUAAGCUGGAAGUACUUAUCUUGUUACUGUUACUUUUUUGUAGGAACCUUUUAAUUGAGAGCUGCCAAAGCAUUACAAUAUGCAGUGCCUUAGCAUUAUAUUAGAAGUACCUUUUAGCCUCUGAAGAUUAAAUUUUAUAUGUUGUUUUCUUAAUUGGUUCCAUUUUUUAAAUAUCCGUAUUUUUCCCUGCAGAAACGCUCUUUGACUGCUUGGUCUAAACCAGCUGUCUGUACAAGUCAGUCCCAUUGCAGUGAGAUGCCUAUACCAAAAGGAAAGGUUACAGAUCCCCUAGUUCUCCGUGAAAAGUGAAUUGUAUUAACGAAUGCUGCCUUUUUAAAUUUCAUGACCAAAUAAUUAAUUGUGACUCUUCUGCACUCUAGCAUGAAAGUGCCUUUGGUUUGAAAUUCCAGCUUAGAAAAGUGCUGCCAUAAUAAUGACAAUUUGUAGAGAGACCAAAAAUAUUUAGUUAUCACCGUAAUGCCUUUGGUUUAUUGGAAUAAGUUGAAUCUACAGGCCUCCAUUCACAAAAGAGCACCAUUCAUAGCAAAGGGAUUUUGCUAAUGAUCAGCCUGCUGAAGAAAAAUCUACUGUUUGCCAUUUCUGACAGCAUUGCAAACCAGCAACUGAUUUGUCUGUGAUAUAAAAAUGAAGAUAUUCCCAUUUAUAUUCUCUUCAUCCAGUCACACAUCUGCAUAAUGAGAGAUCCAUAUCCUACAGAAUUUCAGUGGACAAGCAUGGCUUCAUCAAUCUCCUCUAAUAAUAUUUUUGGUAUCUGUGGAGAUUCUUUGCUUAGGCAGAAGAUUUUGUUUACAAAGUUGUGCGUGCUGAAGGUCGGAUGCAUAGAACAAGAGGAGCAUGGAAAACUGAGCAUAGGGAGGGUAAAUGCAAUCAUGUGGGUUUAAGCACUGGAGUGUUGAGUGUGAGCAUUGUGGAUGAAGGUGCUGCUGGGGAAACUCUGGCCAGCACGACUCAAAACACAGGGUUGUUUUGUUUUCCUCCUAGGUGAUGUCUUGGGGGGAAAAAAAAAAUAGCUCCUCUUAAUAAUGUGUCUGGUUUUGAUACAUUCUGUGAACGGGGGCCAUACUCUCCACCACAACUGAAAUCAAUGGGAAGAGGAGCAACAUUUUAGAAGGAACAAAUAUCAGCAAAACCAAAAGCUGUCAGAGGGAUUAUAUAGUUGUGAAUACAAUGUUAACUUGAUUUUUAAAGUAUUUGAUGAAAACUUAAGAGUAACUUUUUAUAUAGAGAAAUAUUGUGACACUGUGUGGUAAAUAUUGUGAUAAUUCAAAUUCCCUUUCUCUAAAAUAUUAUUUUUGUUAUUCCUUCAAGGUCUAAAUCUCACUUACCUCUAUAAGACAAGUAAUCCUGUUGAACUCGAUGAGACUGAGGGAGGGCAAAGACACUUCUGGCCCACAAGCAGAACAUACUUUUUCAGUUAUUGCCAAACAUUUUGGCUGUACUAGUCAAUGUUUGUGACAAGCUAUACCUCUGUCUCAAUCAAACAACCAUAAUGGUACCAUUUGGGGCUGUUAAAAAUCACUACUAACAAAUGUAGUUUUACUUACUUGAAUUCCAAACUGAUUUUGUUUAGGUACUGCACCACUAUUUUGAAGGAAUCGCAGAUCCAAUGCCUGUUUCUCUCUUUCCCUCUCCACCACAGCUACAGCUCAGCUUGGCAGUGGCUCGUCCCGUGGGUUCCCACGGGAUGGGCUGUUGGGAAUAAUGAAGGGUGUACAUUAAUGUUGAAUGUAAGUAACUGGCCAGUCCGAGGCAGAUACGACAUUUGAUGUGCUAAUCCAUAUCUAUUUAUUUUUCCACUGCGAGUCCUGGGGCACGCCUGCUGCCUGAAGCAGUGCCCCUGGGAGUUUCCUGGAGCCCUCAGUCAGUCACGCUGAGAGCCCUGAUGUUGUCCCCCCUUUCCUUUUCCCACGAGGAUACAUGUGCCCGGGCACAGGCGGAUGUGAGGAGUCGAGCCCGGCUUUGUCCUUUGCUCAGGAUGAUCUCCUUUCCCCCUCUUACCUUUCAUAACCAGAUGUUUAGCCCCCCCCCAAGAAAGAUUGAGGCUGAAUAAGUCAAAGUACAAGAAACACUCUGGACAUCUUCAUCUUUUAACUUUUCAGGUCAUUCUUGCUGAGAUCAUGUAAUUAGUUUUAGUGUGUAAAUUAAAUCUUAAAUGCACUCAGUUGACUAAAAGGAGAUGGAUCCCUGUUACCUCCUUACAGAAUAUGUGUUUUUGUUUUUGUUUUGUUUUGUUUUGUUUAUGGGCCUCUGAUUCAGGCUCAUGACUGCAGACAAAAAAUACAAUAUGUGCCUGAAAAAAAAAAAGACAAAAGAAUUUUAUAACAUUGAAAACCUGAAUAGCCUUUAAUUCUUCAGUACAUUUUAUGUAAAACAGGUUGGGUUUUUGUUUUGUUUUGGGGUUUUUUUGCCAUGUGCAUUUGUUCACAUUUGUAAAUGACUUAAUGGAAUUCUCACUUUAUGUUUAUUUGUGUAAUGUGUAUAAAAUGGGUUUGUGACUUAAGCAUAUUCAUAUAUGGUCAGUGGUUACUUUAAUAUUGUACUGCUGCUGGUAACUUUUGAUGUAGAACUUGCCUUUUGAUGAUAAAGUACCUCUAGGUUAGACAGUGAGGGAAGGCUCUUGGGAAAAACUGAAUGUUCUCCAAUGUUUUCUUCACAUAUUUGCAGAAGCUUUCAAAAGGAGUUUCAGUCAAACCUCUUGGCAGUACAGUAUUCUUGUAUUUGUUAUUGUCUGUGUGUAGGUACUGGUACCUUUUUUUUUUUUUUUUGUUUAAAAUGUUUUAAGUGUUGGCUUUAAAGUGACUUUAUCUUUAGUAUGAUAGUAAUAUGAAAAUUAUAGGUUUUGUGUGCAGAGAAUUUUUUUAUAAAGUGCUUUGUAAAAAAAAAAUGUAUUCUAGCUUUCGCGGUACAUAUGUGUGAUAACUUUAAUAUCCAUGACAGUUAAGUGCAAUUAUUUCAUCACUCUAAAAAUGCUAUUUUUGUGUCGGUUACUGCAGGUGUUUUCAUGUCUUUGCAAAGUGACACAUUUUGAUGCCUUCUUGAUAAAGUGGUAGAAUUUUUGUAGCUUUCUAGAAACUUUGUAUUCAUACAGUAUCAAUUGAAAAUAAAGAAAAUGAAAGUG